UGUCCAAGCUGUUGGCGCCACCGACACAAUUCACUGAGUACUAUCAGCGGCUGAACCAGAGAGUUGGCUGUCCAGCUAAUACAUUAGUAUAGUUGUUUUUUUGUCGUUAAAAUCACCUCCUAGCAGACAUGACGAAGCUCUCAGAGGGUGCCAUAGAGGCUCUAUCAAAUGGCUCAGGUUGCACUGACGCAGUGCUUCAGUUGGUGAACAUUCGCAAGAUUGAUGGAGGAAGUGGUCCAGCUCGUUUUCGGCUGAUGAUGAGUGAUGGAAAGCACACUCUGUCCUCUUUCAUGCUCUCAACCCAGCUGAACUGCAUGGCUGAGGAGAAGACACUGACCCCGAACUGCAUCUGCAUUCUGAAGAAGCAUGUGACCAAUAUACUGAAGGAUGGACGACGGGUGGUAAUCAUUUUGGAAAUUGAUGUCAUCAAGCCUGCUGAAGAUGUUGCUGGAAAAAUAGGUGACCCUACUCCUUACACUGAAGGUCAGAUGAAAGGACCCCAGUCAGUGCCAAUCCCUGAAAACCGCCCUCCACUACAGCCACAAAACAGAAAUGAAGUGCACAGAGGUUUCAAUAAAGACUUUGGGAAGAAGGCUCCUUCUGCGAUGCCCAGUACACCAGGCGGCAGCUCCAAAGUUGUGCCCAUCGCCAGCCUCAACCCCUAUCAGUCCAAGUGGACCAUCCGUGCCCGUGUAACCAACAAGAGCAGCAUCCGCACAUGGAGCAACUCUCGUGGUGAUGGCAAACUCUUCUCCAUGGAGAUUGUGGAUGAGAGUGGAGAGAUACGAGUGACUGGUUUCAACCAAGAGGUGGACAAGUUCUUUGGCCUUAUUGAAGUUGGCAAGGUCUAUUACGUCUCCAAGGGUUCCCUGAAGAUCGCCAACAAGCAGUACACGUCUGUGAAGAAUGACUAUGAGAUGACACUCAAUGGAGAGUCCACCGUCAUCCCCUGUGAUGACAGCUCUGAUAUUCCCAUGGUGCAGUGUGACUUUGUCUCUAUCGGUGACCUAGAGAACAGAGACAAAGAUGCCAUUGUUGAUGUGAUUGGAGUGUGUAAGAGUGUAGAUGAAGUGACCCGUCUCACCACCAAGUCCAACAAAGAGGUGUCCAAGAGGACGCUUAGUCUGAUGGACAUGUCAGGGAAGUUGGUGACUGUCACGCUGUGGGGAGAGGAAGCAGAAAAGUUUGAGGGCUCUGGGCAGCCCAUUGUAGCCAUUAAGGCAGCAAAGCUUUCAGACUUUGGAGGCCGGUCCCUCUCUGCAUCCUUCAGCAGCACCCUGAUGAUCAACCCAGACAUCCCUGAGGCAUAUAAGCUCAGAGGCUGGUACGACAAGGAGGGUCACACAAUGGACGGACAGUCUCUGACGGAGAUGAAAGGUGGCAGUGGGGGAGGAAACACCAACUGGAAGACCCUGUCUGACGUCAAGACGGAGCACCUGGGACAUGGAGACAAGGCAGACUACUACACCUGCAUAGCUACCAUAGUGUACCUGCGCAAGGAAAACUGCCUUUACCAGGCCUGUCCCAGCCAAGACUGUAACAAAAAAGUGGUAGACCAACAGAAUGGCAUGUUUCGCUGUGAAAAGUGUGACAAAGAGUUCCCCAACUUCAAGUACCGCCUCAUCCUUUCUGCCAACAUUGCAGACUAUGGGGACAACCAGUGGGUGACUUGUUUCCAGGAGAGUGCAGAGGCCAUCCUGGGUCAGAAUGCAGCUUACCUGGGACAGCUAAAGGACUCGAACGAGGCUGCCUUCGACGAGGUCUUCCAACAAGCCAACUUCAACACUUUCGUCUUUCGCAGCAGAGUGAAGCUAGAAACAUAUAACGAUGAAUCCCGGAUUAAGGCUACAGUGAUGGAAGUGAAGCCUGUUGACCACAAGGACUACAGCAAGAGGUUGAUCAUGAACAUAAGGAAACUGGCUGCUCAGUAGGAACUUAUGUUCUGUGCCAAGUAUUCUGGUUUUCUUGCUUUAGCCAGUCUUCCUUUGUUUCUGUACAACCAACAAACAGCUCUAAAUGUAUAAGAUUUGCCUUACAAAGCAAUUAGUUUUUUGUUUCUCAACAUACUUGUGAGUAUUCACCUUUCCUUUGUCAAAUAAUGAUUGGUGGACUGAAAAGAGUUUUUGUCGGUGAGCAUAACAAACAUGGAUUAUUUUGACUUUCCUUUUGGGGAAGCAGAGCAGAGAGUGGGGUCAGUAAGCCACAAAAGAAAUCAUCACUGUCUUUCUUAAGUCAGACAGUUAUUCAUGCAUAUACUGUGUUCAUGUGGGGGUGGUGGCUGCUUUAAGCAGAAGACCAGCACAGUAGCUUGCACUCUUUUCACGUUCUGACACACACUCAAAAUGGCUGGACUGGACCUGCACAUCCCUGAUAAGACCAUUUACUCUCCCACUCUUUUUUUUUUUUUAUUUUAUUUUAUAUUUUUGUUCCCGUCUCUCACAUACUUGCAAACAUAAGCACAUAUACACAUGCACAGUGCAGACCUAAUGGGAAAUGUACUGCAUUCUAUUUAAGUAGAUGCAAGGUGUUGUCAAUGUUUUCAAUGCCUGCACCUGUUUUGUGUUCUGUAGUAAAAAAAAUUUUUGUGACAAUUAACUCUGAGAAUAAAGAUGUUUGUAAUCAAGCUAUUGUCAACUAUACAAUGGGUACUUUGUAUUAUUUUGUAUACCACUUUGUAUUAGAAGUACAUAACAGUAGCGUAUGUGUGAAUCUGUUACAGUACCUUAUCCUGUGCUUAAUAAAAACAAAGAAAAACAUGUA